CACCUCACUAUGAUUGCAAUGACAAAGAGAGUGCAGCUGGGGCCCCUCCCCUUCCUGCCCCUCCUCCUAUCACACGAGGAGGACUGAUCUGUGUCGGUGACAGUAGUGCGGGGCAGAGGCGGCACAGCUGGAUGAUCGGAUCCCCCCGUACAGUACAAUGGCCGAGCAGCUGGACGCCGACCACCAUCGCCUGGACAUGGACGAUACCGAGCUGGCCCUGGUGGGCAUCAACAUGCUGCUCAACAACGGCUUCAGGGAGUCGGAUCAGCUGUUCAGGAAAUACAGGAAUCACAGCCCAUUGAUGAGCUUUGGCGCUAGUUUUGUAAGCUUUCUGAAUGCAAUGAUGACUUUUGAAGAGGAAAAAAUGCAAGUGGCGUGUGAUGACUUGAGAAUGACAGAGAAAUUGUGUGAAAGUGAUGAAGGUGUGAUCGAAACUAUCAAAAACAAGAUCAAGAAAAAUGUUGAUGUUAGGAAGUCUGCCCAGUCUAUGAUUGACCGCUUGCAGAGACAGAUCAUUGUUGCAGACUGCCAAGUUUACUUAGCCGUGCUUUCCUUUGUUAAGCAGGAGCUGUCAGCGUACAUUAAAGGUGGUUGGAUCCUGCGCAAAGCAUGGAAAAUUUACAACAAAUGCUAUAUGGACAUUAACUCCCUUCAGGAAAUGUGUCAGAAGAAGCUGUCUCAGGAAUCCUCGCCCUCUGACGCCGCUAAUGAUAAUCACAUUGCUACUGAGGGGGUCACGGAGGAGUCUCUGAACAGACUGAAAGGUGCUGUGAGCUUUGGCUAUGGACUUUUUCACCUUUGCAUAUCCAUGGUGCCCCCAAACCUGCUCAAAAUCAUCAACUUGCUGGGUUUUCCAGGAGAUCGUCUGCAGGGGCUGUCUUCACUGAUUUAUGCAAGUGAAAGUAAGGACAUGAAGGCCCCUUUAGCUACACUAGCCUUGCUGUGGUACCACACUGUGGUUCGUCCAUUCUUUGCACUGGAUGGAAGUGACAAUCAAGCAGGACUAAAAGACGCAAAGGAGAUUCUACACAAGAAGGAAUCUGCGUACCCCAACUCCUCAUUGUUCAUGUUCUUCAAGGGAAGAAUACAGAGACUAGAGUGUCAAAUAAACAGUGCCUUGUCCUCCUUUCAUACUGCCCUGGAGCUUGCAACAGAUCAAAGAGAGAUACAACACGUGUGUCUGUAUGAAAUUGGCUGGUGCAGCAUGAUAGAAAUGAAUUUUAAGGAUGCCUUCCGAUCUUUUGAAAGACUCAAAAAUGAAUCUAGGUGGUCCCAGUGUUACUACGCCUAUCUCACGGCAGUGUGCCAGGGUGCCACAGGGGAUGUGGACGGAGCACAGGAGGUGUUCAGAGAAGUUCAGAAGCUUUUCAAGAGAAAAAACAACCAGAUUGAACAGUUUUCAGUAAAAAAGGGUGACAGAUUUAGAAAACAAACUCCCACCAAGCAGCUGUGUAUCUUGGCUGCCAUUGAGGUGCUGUACCUUUGGAAAGCUCUGCCCAACUGUUCUCUGUCUAAUCUCCAGCACAUGAGUCAAGCUUGCCAUGAGGUGCUGGAUCCCUCUGCUGUUGGAUUAAGGAAUUUGCUCCUUGGUGCCAUCCAUAAAUGUCUGGGAAAUGCUGAAGAUGCCAUUCAGUUCUUCCAGCGUGCUGUGAAAGAUGAACUGGGGCGACAGCAGAACCUCUACAUACAGCCGUAUGCCUGCUAUGAACUGGGCUGCAUUUUGUUGGAGAAUCCAGAGACUGUUGCAAAAGGGAAAACUCUGCUUUUUCAAGCUAAGGAGGACUUCACAGGUUACGACUUUGAGAACAGACUGCAUGUACGGAUUCACGCAGCCUUAGCUUCUCUCAGGGAGGUGGUCCCUCAGUGACAGCAAGGAGGACAAGACUCUUCUAUCCCACACAACUUUCUGCACUUACAACACACAGAAGAGUAUCACAAUGGCUGACUGUGGAUGAUACGGGUGACCGAGUAUGUUCUCUGAACGCCAACUGUGCCGAUAUUUAGACACAAUUCACAGUUGCAGUAAAGCUGAACUGACACAGAACUAUGGCAUUUUUAACUAAUCUGCAAGUCAAAACUCCACCCUGACACCAGUACAGGAGAAUACUUUGCUACAAUGGUGAAUUUUCCCUCAGAAUUGUUGUUGUGACUUGUACAAAGUCUGUCUAUCCUGUGUGUUAGGCACAAGCCGUAGUUCCACUUACUGCAGCUAAAUAGUUGGCCUUGUGUUAUCUUUUCUUUCUGUUGGGGUUGUACAGAUCAUGCAGUCAUUAAGGAGGUGGCUGCAUUUACAUUGUGAACUAUACAUGUCAGUAAGUUAAACUGCUGUGCAGAAAGACCUAUUUCUUAAAGGAACAAAUUAGUCUGGUGCUGAUCUUCUCUCUACCUUCCUAUUUAAAAUCAAUGGGGCUUAGUCGCUAUAUACCCUUCGCUAAAGCAGACCUGUCAUUAAAGUUAACCAGCCAGUACUACAGUAGCUAGUCUACUCAUCCAUGGUCAGAUUGCGAUCCAGGCUUUGGCCGAAUUUGGGGUAGGCUGUGACGUGUUGAGGUUUGUGGAGGUGUGUUGGCACUACACUAGACCUCCUCCUCAGCUGCUUUCUCAGCACCUUACAUGUCUACAGUCCAGAUGCUGUAUGACCUACACAUACAUGAUGGGGGUUGUAGAUCUAGCAUGGACACCUUCCCAUAGAAAAUGUACAUCAAAAAUAGUAUUGUCUGAGGUACUUUUUGGACACCAUCACACAUAGUGGUAAAUCGCAGCUUUCUUGUGCUUUUUUGUUUAAAGAUUUGUUAGAAGGCUGGGUUAUCGCAUUCCUUACUCGAAGACUCUGAUUACAAAUGAUAAUAUGCGCCUGUAAAUAGGAGCAUUUAUUUUUGCGUAAGUGUGCUUUUCGGCUUUGUUUAACGUUUUUACAACUCCAUUCAAAGCUUUGUUUGGAUAGAGUGGGACUGGGGGAAGGGGGGAGUUAGAACAUCUGUAAGUAUUUGCCUUCUUCCUUUUUUUUUUUUAGGGGAAUUAGGCCAUAAAUGGUGAGAUUUUUCAUCACUUCCUGGCCUUUCUAUUGAAAUUGUGUCAGAACAGGAAGUGAGGUGAACAGGAAGUGAGGUGAACAUCUCAUCAGCAGGACACAAGCAGCAAGACAAACUCUUUUUCUAGUACAGUAAAGAAGGUUUAAAGUGCUGUCAGGAUUAUAUGAUUGCAUGAAUCUACAUGAUGGAGAUCUCUCCUCAUUUCCUGUCCAGGUAUCACAUAGAACAGGAAGCAACGAGAAAUCUCCCCUAGGGAUUUAAACUCUCUUCAGUAGGGGCACGGAUAGCAAUUAAACCCCGAUGCACUCUAAUGCCGCGUACACACGAUCAGAAAUUCAGACAAGAAAACCGUGGAUUUUUUUUCCGACGGAAUGCUGGCUCAAACGUGUGUUGCAUAAAUACGGUCACACAAAAUUCCGACCGUCAAGAACACGGUGACGUACAACACUAAAACGAGC